AUGGCAAGCGACAUGUCUGCCAAGAUGGAUCAGCUGGAGUCAUUCAGUGCUGGGGGCACUGCUCCAAAGAGGGCUGUAGACAAGCCGCCUGCAGACAACAGGAAGAGACAACGUGUAGACGGCAACCGGUACAACUUCAAGCAUCUUGCCAGGCCAGAGGCGCAAGACUUCGAAGGACCUUUGGAGUUCAUGCAGGUGGACAUCGACUACUACACCAAGGCACCUGACAGUCGCUUCCAGAACGCAGAGAACCCGCAUAAUGCCGACACGGCUGUGCCAGUCUUGCGGAUGUAUGGCGUGAGUGAGGAGGGCCACAGCGUCCUUGCGCACAUCCACGGCUUUGAGCCCUACUUUUACGUCGAGUGCCCGCAGGAGCUGCAGAACCCCGCUGGCAUGGCCGCGUUCCAGCAGGCCCUGGAGAGCCUGCUGGCCAACUCGGGGUGUCGCGACAGGGCAAAUCCCUACGUGAGGAAGGUCGAGCUGGUGCAGCGUUCCACCCUCAUGCGUUGGCAGGGCUCCAACGAGCACUCCUGGUUUCUGCGAGUGACUGUGGCCGUUCCCAGCCUGGUGGCGACAUGUCGGGGUAAGCUGGAGGCCGGUUUUCCGCUCAAUGGGCACGGGUACUUCCCGGCCAGCACGUCGUAUGAGACCAACAUCCCUUUCGCUCUGCGUUUCAUGAUCGAUCGCGCACUUGCUGGUGGUGGCUGGGUGGUGGCUGAGCACACCUUCCGUAGAUCAGGCCGUGACAGCGUGAGCCUUUGCCAGCUGGAGGUGGACAUGCACUACUCUGAGCUACGGCCACAGGAGAAACUGCACAUUGCUCCCCUCCGUAUCCUCUCCUUCGAUAUUGAGUGCUACAACCCCGAGGGAAAGGGCUUCCCCAAAGCAGACAGCAGCCCAGUGAUCCAGAUCGCCGUCUACUUGAAGGUUCAUGGCUGCGAGAAACCGCUGUCUCAUGCGAUUUGGACGCUGAACACCUGUAACGCCAUCGCAGGUGCAACAGUCUACCCCUUCGAGACGGAGGAAGAGCUGCUGCUGAGCUUCCGGCAAUUUCUGCAGGACGUCGACCCAGAUGUGAUCACUGGCUACAACAUCAACAACUUUGACUUGCCCUACCUCCUGGACCGCGCGGAGACCAAGGGCAUCAGCUACCAGUUCUGCAAGUUGGGGCGCCUGAACGACCUCUGCCGCAAGCGCAUCAACAACUUUGGCGGCCGCGAGUCCAUAGAGAUCAAUAUUGAUGGCAGAAUCAAUUUCGACAUGCUGACAGUCAUCCAGAAGGAGCAGAAACUGAGCUCGUACUCCUUGAACGCGGUCUCCGCAGAGUUUUUGGGAGAGCAGAAGGAGGACGUCCACCACAGCAUGAUCGGAGGGCUCUUCCUGGAAAGUGCUGACACCCGGCGCCGUUUGGCCGUGUACUGCCUCAAGGAUGCCUAUCUCCCCAUGCGGUUGAUGGAGAAGCUUCUUUGUAUGUACAACUAUGUUGAGAUGGCGAGGGUGACCGGCACUCCCAUCAACUUCUUGCUGAACCGCGGGCAGAUGAUCAAAGUGCAGUCUCAGCUCCUGCGAAAAGCGCGUGAGUGUGACUUCGUGAUGCCCACAAUGAAGUCGGAAGCCUCCAAUGACAAGUUUGAGGGGGCGACCGUGCUGGAUCCUUUGACAGGAUACUAUCCGCAGCCCAUUGCCACGCUCGAUUUCGCAUCCCUGUACCCUUCAAUCAUGAUGGCGCACAACCUCUGCUACUGCACUCUGCUGAAGCCGGAGCAGGUCAAGGAUCUCCAGCCAGAGGACUACACAAAGACCCCGAGUGGAUGCUACUUCUUGAAGAGCUCCAAGCGACGAGGAUUGCUGCCAAUGAUCUUGGAAGAGCUUCUGGCCGCCAGAAAGCGUGCCAAGAAGGCGAUGGCGGAGGCCGAGGAUCCGUUGACCAAGUCGGUUCUCAACGGCAGACAGCUGGCGCUGAAAGUCUCCGCCAACUCGGUCUAUGGCUUCACAGGUGCCACGGUGGGCGUCUUGCCGUGCCUGGACAUCUCGUCCAGCGUCACCGCCUUCGGGCGGACCAUGAUUGACCACACCAAGAAGAUGGUGGAGGAGAAGUACUGCAUCGAGAAUGGCUAUGCCCACAAUGCGCAGGUCAUCUAUGGCGACACAGACUCCGUGAUGGUGAAAUUCGGAGUGGAUACUGUCCCAGAGGCCAUGCGCUUGGGCCAAGAGGCGGCAGAUUUGGUGAGUGCAACUUUCACCAAGCCAAUCAAGCUCGAGUUUGAGAAGAUCUGA